UCUGGUGGUGCGGAUAUACUGGAACCGAGCCACUGUCACUACCUCAUCACUGUCACCACCAUGGUCACCUGGGAAAACUAUGCCAUGGUUAUCCUCAGUCUGCUCUCGGCGUUGUUCAUCGCUCACUCUGCCUGUGGACGACGGCUACCUCCGCUACCUAUGAUAGAUGGCUGUUUCAGGGUGUCUCCAGAGCCGGAGGUGUUCCGUGUGCAGGGUGAAGCGGUGGUCCUGAGCUGCUUUGGUUUUGACAGGGUCCUCCAGAUACGAUUCCCCAAGGCUAAGGCGGGUUACACCUAUGUCGUCGCCAAGGGAAAUGGGAAGGAGGGCAUUGACCCUGAGGAGGGGGAAGAGGGGCGGGUCCUGCAGCGUGAGCGACAGCUGUGGCUCCUCCCAGCUCGAACUUCUGACUCCGGAGAGUACUCCUGCAUCUACAGAAAUGACACAUUAUGUGUAACUGGAAGCAUCACUCUACAAGUUUAUGAGACCAAGCAAACUGAUAUUGAGAAGUUGUCUUAUCCCAUCUCUACACGCGUGGGAAACAAUGUGUCAAUCAGCUGUCCUCAUUUUGAGUUCAACAGGACUGACGAAAUAGAGUGGUAUAAGGAUUCCAGCCUGACAGUGCUUCCUGUUGGCAGUGGGCGCUACCACAGACAGAGACCAGACUUGAUCCAUAUCUCAGACGUGAGGCCAGCAGACCAGGGCUUCUACACCUGUCAGCUUAGAGUCCACGUCAACAACCUCCAGUACACAGUCAGCAGGACCAUGAAUCUCUAUGUAAAAGUGCUUGACCCAGUUCCCUACACCCAGACCACCAGUCCCAUCUUUGACCCAGACACAACCCCAACCCCUAACCCUGGUCUCAGCACUGUGGAAUACCCAGCAGUUGAGUCCCCCAAGAUUGUGUCCCCUGUCAAUGGAACAAUCUUUGAAAGUCCAUUGGGCUCUAUUUUGGAGAUAUCCUGCCAGGUUUUCACAGGAAGCCAAUCAGCAGACGCCACAGUGGUCACAUGGUUGGUGGACGGCCAGUCAUUGGAUUCGUCCAACCUUGGUGGGCGGGCUCUGAUGAGUCAGAGGAGGGUAACCACAGUGGCUGGGGGUUGUUAUGUUGAGGUGAAGCUGUACAUCGUUGAGCUGUGUGAGGAGGACACAAGGGCGGAGCUGAAGUGUGUCACUCAAAACCAAGGAGGAAGACAUGAGGUCAUUGCACAGUUCAGAGUCGAAGACCCCAGGUCCACAUGGCUGAUGGUGGGUGUAGCAGUGUCUGUUUGUUUCCUGACGGUGGUUUCCAUCUUCCUUUACCUCCUCCUAAAACCCAGAGGAAAAGGUGACUACUUCCUGGCUCGACAGAACAGCACGUUUAGCUCCACUUUCAGCUCCACAUUGUGAGUUGCAAACGUAAACAUCUCCCAAGUGAUCUCGCUGGUACAUUGUGACUGAAAUGUUCUACUUUUCUGUAGUUUUGUUGACAUGUUUAGCAUUACAAUGACCCUACAGACCACAUAACAUAGCUUGACCCAUGUUCACUCCCACUCAUGGACUGGAUAAGCACUCUCAUACACAGUGUAUACAAAAGUUGACUUAAAACAGAAUGUAUACAAUGGAACAUGUAUUAUUGUUAUUAAAUCAUUUUUUAAAUUAA